UUUAAAGGUUAUAGCGAAUUUAUAUUAAUAGAAAUCGAUUACGGCUUUAAUACGAAAAACCUCGAUACGACGGUAAUAAUACUUAAUAAUAGGUUUUUUAUAUUAUAUACCCUAGUUUUUAGUAUUAUUAAAGCGAUAUUACUAACUAUCCCUUUAGCUAGGAUCCCUCGUAUAAUAAUAAUUUUUAUAUACUCUUUAAUUAAAAGUAAGAGCCGGGGCGUUAAGCCUUUUAUUAUUCUUAUUAAUAACUCGACCUAA